AUGCGGACUCACCUACAGCCUCGCAGGAGACCUCAAGUCAAGCGACCACCAGGUACGUUGAGUACUGUUUUGCUGAGUGUGCCUGCUCACUAUCUCCACAUCAGCAAUGAGCUGGUCGGAUGGCUAGACAACCUUCUAGUUGCUGCCGCCGCUGGCGUGAACGACUCCGUGGAGAACCGAUGGUUUCAACUGUGGGAUACAGUCCAGUCAACGGCCCUGGCCGUCUCCGGUCGCGCACGCCGCCGACACCAGGACUGGUUCGAAGACAACGACGCCGCAAUCAGUAACCUGCUUGUCGAGAAGAACCGCGUCCACAAAGCCCACGUAGACCAUCCCACAGACGACAACAGAACCGCCUUCUACCGUAGUUGCCGCCCUGUGCAACAGAGGUUGCGUGAGAUGCAGAACGUCUGGACGGCUCGCAAGGCUGAAGAGAUCCAAGGGUACGCGGACCGCAACGAAUGGAAGAAAUUCUUCCCUGCGAUCAAAGCUGUCUACGGUCCGCCGACCAAAGGCACUGCUCCUGUCCUCAGCGCCGACGGCAGUACCCUCCUCACUGAGAAGACACAAAUUCUACAGCGAUAA